AUGGACUUCGUCUUUGGGAAACCCAAAGACGCUCACAAGAAUAGUGGUAUUCUUGUGUUUGUUGAUCGGUUAAGCAAGAUGGUACAUCUUGUUGCUGUACCGGAGUCAAUCUCAGCCCAGGGCUGUGCGCGUGUCUUCAUUGAUACUAUCUUCCGACCUCACGGGUUACCCCGUGACCUCGUGUUCGAUUGGGACCCCUGCUUUACAGCUGAGUUCUGGCAAUCUGUGUUCCGUUCACUUGGAACAAGUUUGACGAUGUCAACUUCUGACCAUCCAGAAACAAAUGGUCAGACGGACGUCGUCAACCGCGUCCUUGAAGAGAUACUUCGAGGGUACGUCCACUCGUUUACGAGCUGGAGUGAGUUCUUGCCGAUGGCGGAAUUCGCCAUCAACAACUCGGUGCACGCGUCGACAACGCAUACACCGUUCUUCGUGAAUGGCCUACAACAUCCUUGUUUACCCGCCUUCUUAGAGUACAAUGGUGUCGACGUGAUGGAUGCCGAUGUCGAUGCGAUCGAUAUGAACGAUGGUGAUGCUGGUAAAUUCAGCAUCGCCAAUGACUGCCACAGUGAGGAAGAUGACGCCCUCACUGGUGAAGACAACUUUUUUCAAGCAGUGCACACGAAGCGCACGGUUGUUGACAAGGAUGAACCAGCAGAGGAAUUUUUGCUGACUCGCGAAGCGGUUGUCCGCUUCGUUCAAGACUCUAUUGCAGAUGCAUUAGACAGACAGAAAAGCAUUGCAGAAAGAUAUGGAAGAGCAAAUGCUCUUUCAUUUGAUGAAGGAGACCUAGUUUUACUGUCUACAGUAAACUUACCAAAGCACGCAGUGACAAACGUGGGCAGCAGUAAAUGA